AUGGCCGAACGGAGAGUCUACGUGGGUUCGAACAUGGCUGAAUUCCUUCCUAGCGACGGGAUCUCUCGGGAGGCAAUCGACGCUCUCAUGGCUUCUGGAGCUUCUUCUAGCUUCCGUGGUAGAUUUCCCCUUCUCUCCCGACACAUCAUCCUUCCUUCCUUCCCCCGUCCCCCCCGUUCUUUCCCUCGGAUGCUAUUAUUUCUCAGAUCGGAUCAUCUGCAUACACCUCGAGGGCACCGUUCGGGAUCUGAAUGUGACGCUGAUAAAUCCGAUUUUCAUUGUUCAUCCAUCUUCGUUCUUCCGAGCGUCUUCCUUCUGUGAUGAAUGCUCAAGAUCUCUGAACGGUACGAGAUCAUUGCAGUCGAACCCUAACGCGGACCGGUUAUGUCGUGAUUUCCUCUGGGUGUUCUUCCAGGUCGGGGAUCGAUGCUGAAGUUCGAGGAUGCCCCCGGGGGCACGCCUGGGCGAUCCUUCUACCAACAGAUGGAAUCGGAGGAAGCAGGCGAUGAUGAUCUUGAGGAGCACCUACACCAGCCGGAGAAGAAGCGGCGGCUGAGAACCGACCAGGUCCAGUCCCUCGAGAGGAGCUUCGAGACGGAGAACAAGCUGGAACCAGAGAGGAAGCUCCAGCUCGCGAGGGAACUGGGGCUGCAACCCAGGCAGGUCGCCAUCUGGUUUCAGAACCGGCGGGCGAGGUGGAAGACGAAGCAGCUGGAGAAGGACUACGAGGUGCUGCAGUCCAGCUACAGCGCUCUCAGGGCCGACUAUGAGGCCAUGGCGAAGGAGAAGGAGAAGCUCAGAUCAGAGGUGAUCACCUUCGUCCCAAUCUUGCAAGAAAAUUAGAGAGAGAAAAAAAAAUCCCCAGCUAUGCAAGCUUUCGAUCAAACUAUGAAUGCGGCACAGGGGUUCUUGCUCCGGCUGAAUCCUGAUUGGAUUCUGCUUCAUUCUUUGACGAAUAUUUUCUACAAAAAGUGGCGAUUAGUAGCAAGAAUGGGAGCUCUGAGCGUGACCUUAUUUCUUCAUAAUUUGCCGACAGGUUAAUGCUCUGACAGAGAAGAUCCUCCUCAAGGAGAACGGCAGAAGCGGCUCUCUGCCAUGCCACGAACCAAGAACCCACUCGCUGUUGCAGAGGCGAGAUCCGGCGGGGGAGGCGGCGGGGGAGCUCCGCCACCACCCGCUCGUCACCGGCAAGCAGGAGGACCUCAGCGCCGCCAAUAGCGGCGUGCUCGACGGCGACAGCCCCCCCCACAGCGACCGGGGAUGGAGCUCCCCCGCCGUCGAGCCCACCUCCUCCUCCACCGCCGCCCUCGACCUCGACAACUCCGACCUCUCCCCGGCGGCGGAGGACGACGCCGAGGUGGCGCGCCGCCUCCCCAACUUUGGUUUCGCCGCCGACCACUCCUUCUGGCUCUGGCCCUCCUACUGA